AUGAAUAUUCAUCAAGAGAAUCCUGAGAACUCUAGUGUUAAGAAGUUCUUUGAGCGUGCAGCAAGGUGGUUUGAAUUCGGAGAUAGAGAAAGAAGGAUAAAAGAUAUGAAAGCUAGCAUGGGUAUAGCAGUUUCUAUAAUCGCAACUAUAACAUUUUCACUCGCCACUAAUCCACCCGGUGGCGUCGUGCAAGCAGGUGUCAAGGAUAUUCCUGUUUCCAUAAACGAUACAUUUUGUUCGUAUACGACCGGAGGUGUUAUAUGCGUUGGAGAAUCUAUCUUGGCUACUUCAAAAAGUGGUGAUUAUCUAGCAUUUUUGAUAAGCAAUACAAUUUGUUUCAUUUCAUCACUGAGUGUUCUUCUCUUGCUUGUUAGUGGAAUUCCUAUAACAAAAACAUUUAUAUUAUGGCUUUUAUCAGUUGGAAUGUGUGUCAUUCUCACAACCUUUGCUCUUACCUACAUGUUUGCUGUUUUUAUGGUCACACCAGACGUCAUUUGGCAAUCUCACUUCGGUGUGUUAGGUAUUGCUAUUAUUGUUUGGGUAUCGCUUGUUGGAAUUCUUGCUUUUAUUUUAACUGCGCGUCUUAUUGUAAGGGGUGUCAAUAAAGUUUACAACUUCAUGGAGUGUCAACAAACUUCGCAAUGA